AAACAAGAAUAUAGUAAUUAAGCUGAGAACAUUUUGUUUCCAGGAUCUGGGAAAGAAGCUUAUGAACUCAAAUAAUUGUAGAGCAUCUCUGUGCUCUACGACAUGGGUUAAGUUGGUUUCAAGCAGAGCCCUUCAGGUGCACAUAAGCCUCCAGAGCGUCAGAUGUCGCUGUGGUUCCGCGAUGGGAGAGGGCGUGCGUCUCUGUGGUUAUAAAAUUGGGGGCGGAGAAGCGUAAAUGAUGGCUGAUGAAGAGGAAGAAGUCAAGCCGAUCUUGCAGAAAUUGCAGGAACUAGUGGAUCAGCUCUAUUCAUUUCGAGACUGCUAUUUCGAGACACAUAGUGUUGAGGAUGCUGGGAGGAAGCAACAGGAUGUGCAAAAGGAGAUGGAAAAGACCCUACAGCAGAUGGAAGAAGUAGUGGGUUCUGUCCAGGGCAAGGCACAAGUUCUAAUGCUAACUGGGAAAGUCCUAAAUGUGACUCCUGACUAUAGCCCUAAAGCUGAGGAACUUCUGUCAAAGGCUGUGAAGCUGGAACCCAAGCUGGUGGAAGCCUGGAACCAGCUGGGUGAGGUGUACUGGAAAAAAGGGGACGUUGCAGCUGCCCACACCUGCUUCAAAGGAGCCCUCACCCAUGUGAGCUCCCCACUAUUCCUUUGGAAAACACAGAUGGGAAGGAUAAAUUUCUUUGGUUCUUGCAGGAACAAAGUCUCUUUGCAAAACUUGUCAAUGGUGCUUCGCCAGCUGCGGACUGACACUGAAGAUGAACAUUCUCAGCAUGUCAUGGACAGUGUCCGACAGGCUAAGUUGGCCGUUCAGAUGGAUGUGCAUGAUGGCCGCUCCUGGUAUAUUCUUGGGAAUUCAUAUCUUUCUCUUUACUUCAAUACUGGCCAGAACCCUAAGAUCUCCCAACAAGCCCUCAGUGCCUAUGCCCAAGCAGAGAAGGUUGACAGGAAAGCUUCUAGCAAUCCUGACCUUCAUCUGAACAGGGCAACGUUGCAUAAAUAUGAAGAGAAUUAUGGGGAGGCCCUGGAGGGCUUCUCUCGGGCUGUAGCCCUGGACCCUGCCUGGCCAGAGCCCCGACAACGAGAGCAACAACUUCUGGAAUUCCUGGAUAGAUUAACCAGCCUCCUUGAGAGUAAGGGAAAGGUGAAGGCCAAAAAGCUACAGAGCAUGCUGGGAAGCUUGCGCCCAGCCCAUCUAGGCCCUUGCAGUGAUGGGCACUAUCAGUCAGCCUCUGGGCAGAAAGUGACCCUAGAGCUUAAGCCACUGAGUACACUGCAGCCUGGGGUGAACAGUGGUGCCGUCAUCCUGGGAAAGGUGGUAUUUAGCCUCACCACAGAGGAGAAAGUCCCCUUUACAUUUGGCCUGGUAGAUUCAGAUGGACCUUGCUGUGCCGUGAUGGUGUACAAUAUAGUGCAGAGCUGGGGAGUGCUCAUUGGAGACUCAGUAGCCAUCCCUGAGCCCAACCUGCGGCUUCACCGAAUUCAGCACAAGGGAAAGGAUCUUGCUCUGUUGCCCAGAUUGGAGUGCAGUGGUGUCAUCACAGCUUACUGCAGGCCUUAAGCUCCCGGAUUGAUGUGAUCCUCCCACCUCAGCCUCUCAAAUAGCUAGGACUACGUGUGUGUGUGUGUGUGUGUGUGUGUGUGUGUUUUCAGAGAUGGGGUCUCAAUAUAUUGCUUAGGCUGGUCUCAACUUCUGGGUUCAAGUAAUCCUCCUGCCUCAGUCUCCCAAAGUGCUGGAAUUACAGGCAGGAGCUGUCAUACCUGGUCUAUAUUUCUUUUCAUAUUACUUUUGGAUGGGUUCAGGUUUUUCCUGUUGCAUGCUUAGGCAUACCAUGGAAGCAUAAUGGCCAUUAGAGGUCAGUAGAGCACAUGUAGAUAGGUAAGACCAGGUUCUGUCCUACAGCAGAAAAUUCGCGGAGCUAAGAUUUUUCUUCCGGAUUUAUUUGGAGAACAAAGAUAAACAAAAAACACUUUAUUGAGAUAUGAUUGACAUGCAAACAUUUGUAGGUAUAUAAUAUAUACAACUUGAUAUCUUUGGAGAGAAGUAUACAUCCGUGAAAUCAUUGCCAUUAAUCUAGGCCAUAAACAUAUCCAUCACCUUCAAAAGUUUCUUCCCAACCACUUAUUAUUAAUCAUUAUUAUUAUUUUGUGAUAAAAACAUUUAACAUAAGAUCUAUCCUCUUGGCAAAAUUUUAAGUAUAUGAAGCAAUAUCAUUAACUGUAAGCACUGUGCUGUCUAGUAGAUUUCUAGGGACUUACCUUGUAUGACAGAAACUUUGUACCCUUUGAGUAAUACUUCUGUGUUUUGCCCUCCUGUUAAUCCAGGCAAGUACCAUUCCAGUCUCUGCUUCUAUGAAUUUAACUAUUUUGCUUUCGUCAUUUAUGUUCUAUUUGUCCUGUAUCUGGCUUAUUUCACGUAGCAUAAUGUCCUCCAGAUUCAUUUGUGUUGUUGCACAUGGCAAAAUUUCUUUCCUUUAUAAUGUUGAAUACUAUUCCAUUGUGUGUGUUUACCACAUUAAAAAAAAUCCAUUCAUUCAUCAAUAAACAUUUGGAUUGUU